AUGGAUUCAAAUACAGAUGCUAAGCUUGUUGGAAACAAUAACAAUAGAAUUGCAACAAAAGAUGAAACUAAAAUUAAAGAUAAUGAUUUAUUAUUUGCAAUAGGUGGAGCUCUUUUAGGUACAAUUCUUGUUGCUAUAGCUAUUGUAGCUAUUAUUUUUAUUAUUUUUAAGAGGGAACGAAAAGCUAGAAUAUUAAGGUAUGCAGCAAAUGCAACAGAUCCUGCAAAUGAACUUCCAAAAAGAACUUUUACUGGUAAAAAAGAAAAUACUUUUAGUAAAAAAGAUACUAAACAAAAAUUUUCUACAAACAAAGUAUCAAUGCCAAAAUAA